AUGCUGAAAUUAUACAAAGACAUGGAGAAUCGGGUAGAGACUGUAACUACCCAAGGUGAAAUCACAGAGGAAAUGCGCAAAGCGCACAAAGGAUAUCUUGAAUGGGUGUUGGGUUCGAAUCCACGUGAUCAUCAAACCAUUCUUCAGAUAUUAAUUGAUGGAAGAGACCAUAAUUUUGUGGACAUGGAAGGAAAGCAAUUGCCAACUCUAGUAUAUAUGGCCCGUGAGAAGAGAUUCCAUUACCAUCAUAACUUCAAGGCUGGAGCUAUGAAUGCACUGAUAAGGGUGUCAUCACAAAUCAGCAAUGGAGAGAUUAUCCUUAAUGUAGACUGCGACAUGUACUCUAACAAUUCAGAGUCCGUGAGAGAUGCACUGUGUUUUCUCAUGGAUGAAGAGAAAGGCAAUGAGAUUGCUUAUGUACAAUACCCACAAGUCAUCAAUAAUAACACCAAGAAUGAUAUCUAUGGCAGCUUAAUAAGAAUCGGCAUUGAGUUGGAGCUUCAUGGAUUGGAUGGUUAUGGAGGCCCUUUGUAUGUUGGCACUGGAUGCUUUCAUAGAAGAGAGGCCCUUUGUGGAAGAAAAUACAACAAAGAAUAUAAGAGAGACUGGAAGAGAGAGAAUACCAAGAAGGUAAAAUUUAAUGUAAAGGAACUAGAAGAAAAACUAAAGGGCCUUUCCAGUUGCACAUAUGAGGUGAAGACUGGAUGGGGAAAAGAGAUGGGAUUGGUAUAUGGCUGUCCAGUGGAGGAUGUAGUAACAGGAUUAACAAUUAAAUGUAGGGGUUGGAGAGCAAUUUACUUCAACCCAGCCAGGAGGAGCUUCUUAGGGCUUGCUCCUACCACAUUGGCUCAAGCACUUUUGCAACACAAGAGAUGGUGCGAAGGUCAUUUCAAAAUUGUAUUUUCCAAGCACUAUUCAUUGUGGCAAGGACAUGGAAGGAUAAAGGCAGGACUUCAAAUCGGAUACUGCAUCUAUAAUAUGUGGGGAUUUAAUUGCAUCCCAACAUUAUGUUACAUCAUCAUCCCUUCACUCUGUCUCCUACAAGGCAUAGUCUUGUUUCCAUCGAUUUCAAGCCCAUGGUUUAUACCCUUGGCAUAUCUGGUCAUUGCUAAAUACACAUAUAGCAUAGGCGAGUUCCUCUUCUGUGGUGGCACACUUCAAGGCUGGUGGAAUGAUCAAAGGAUGUGGAUGUCUAGAAGGACAUCUUCCUACCUCUUUGCCCUCAUUGACCUAAUACUUCAAGCACUAGGGUUCUCCAAGUCAGCAUUUCUCAUCACAGCAAAGGUGACAGACACGGAUGUGUCACAACGAUAUGAGAAAGAGAUCAUGGAGUUUGGGAUCCCUUCUCCCUUGUUUCUCAUCUUAGCAACGCUUGCACUGCUCAACUUAUUCAGUUUGGUGAUGAUGAGUUUCAAGAGUGUAGUAAUGAACACGAAAGCUGGAGAUCUUGAGGCAUUGAGCAUGCAAAUGCUUCUAUGUGGGACUGUGGUUGCACUGAACCUCCCAGUAUACCAAGCCCUUUUUCUUCGUAAGGAUAAGGGGCACAUACCUUCCCCUAUCACAUUUAAGUCGGUUGUUUUAUCCCUAUCAGCUUGUAUUAUGUCGUCUUAUUAAUGGGUUGUGUUGAAAUCAGAAAUUUGCCGGGCAUGCUAUG